AGUGUCGUGAUCCGCUGCUUUAUUUGGAUAAACUACUUAUUGGUUUCAAAAAACAUGGCAUAUUUACUAACGAUUGGAAUUUGUAUGGCGUACUUGUCAUCCGGAUUGGCUUACCCCAAAAUCGUAUAUCAAGAUAUUCCGAAUAGCGACGGCAACUACAUCAACCACAAUCCGUAUCACGGGGAAGAUGAGUUUGGCGAAGUCCAGCACGAUACCCACAUUCAACACGUGCAGCUACCAGCAAAAUAUGCCCAACAACCUGUCAGCGAUGAUCAGCAUAUAGACUAUUAUGCACCUCCGAAGUAUUCAUUCAAAUAUGGUGUGACUGACUACCACACUGGUGAUAUUAAGAGCCAGCACGAAACGAGAGACGGAGACACAGUUAAGGGACAAUAUUCGGUGGUGGAACCAGACGGUUCCAUACGAACUGUAGAGUACACCGCCGAUAAGCAUAAUGGAUUCAACGCAGUUGUGCACAAGACACCAUCAGUUUUGGACAGCGAUCAUGAAAUACAUCACGAACAACCUGAUAUUCGUGGUUAUUACUAGCACAUUAAGGAAAAUUUCGUAAUAAUCCCAAUAUAAUCUGUUUAGAAUACAAAUUUUCGGGAGUUAAGGAACUCAGUAAAACUCUAAACAUAUGUAAAUAUUGUACAAGGAUCCAUUUGGUAAAAAGUUAAUUUUAUCUAAUUCUAAAAGUGUGAUCUUGAUACAUAUAUCCAUAGUAUAGAACUAAAUGGUAUUUAAAAUCACAGUAUUUAUUGCGAAUGUUUUAU